CAAACCUCCAGGUGGACGUGCCCCAUCUGCCCUUCACUUUCCUCUUCCGCACGGGCAGAAUCUGCCUUCUGGACUGUGGGAUUCACGGUUGUUCUCCUCCUCUCCAUCCACCAGGGCUUGACUUCAGGUGCAGCAGAAUUCCCCAGCCCCCCAAGGAUUUGAGACCCAUCAGCUUUCCUCACCUGGUUUAGCCGGCCGGUUGAAGCCGUUGCUUGAACCCCUGUUGCAUGCUGACAGCUUCUGGAAGCCACAGGAUUUCCUUUCUGCCCACUCUGAAAAAGGUGAUGGAGAAGACAGAAUUGCAGGGGACAGGGCACCUUUCAUUUCAUUAGGAAUAGCCAUUAAAAUGUGUGAAAUGUGGAAUAUGUCUCACUGAAUGAGCACACAUAGUUCACAUCAACGAACACAAAAAGCAAAGAACCCAUUUAAAGGUAUGGAGUGCAGAAAGAGCUUCUCUUUCAAUGCAAAACUUAGAACACACCAGCAGACUCACACAGGGGAGAAACCAUUUAAAUGCAUGGAGUGUGGAAAGAGCUUCAAUCAGAGUGGACACCUUAGAGGUCAUCUACGGACUCACACAGGGGAGAAACCAUUUCAAUGUAUCGAGUGUGGAAAGACCUUUAGUGAAAAUGGAAGCCUUAGGAAACAUCAACGGACUCACACAGGGGAGAAACCAUAUAAAUGUAUUGAGUGUGGAAAGAGCUUUAGUUUUAGUGGAAGAUUUAGAACACAUCAACGGACUCACACAGGGGAGAAACCAUUUCAAUGUAUCGAGUGUGGAAAGACCUUUAGUGAAAAUGGAAGCCUUAGAACACAUCAACGGACUCACACAGGGGAGAAACCAUAUAAAUGCAUCGAGUGUGGAAAGAGCUUUAGUUUUAGUGGAAGCCUUAGAACACAUCAACGGACUCACACAGGGGAGAAACCAUUUCAAUGUAUCGAGUGUGGAAAGACCUUUAGUGAAAAUGGAAGCCUUAGAACACAUCAACGGACUCACACAGGGGAGAAACUAUUUAAAUGCAUGGAGUGUGGAAAGAGCUUUAGUGAAAAUGGAAGCCUUAGGAAACAUCAACGAACUCAUACAGGGGAGAAACCAUUUAAAUGCAUGGAGUGUGGAAAGGACUUCAGUCAGAAUGGACACCUUAGGAAACAUCAACGGACUCACACGGGGGAGAAACCAUAUAUAUGUAUGGAGUGUGGAAAGAGCUUUAGUGAAAAUGGAAGCCUUAGGAAACAUCAACGGACUCACACAGGGGAGAAACCAUAUAAAUGUAUUGAGUGUGGAAAGACCUUUGGUGAAAAUGGAAGCCUUAGGAAACAUCAAUGGACUCACACAGGGGAGAAACCAUUUAAAUGCAUGGAGUGUGGAAAGAGCUUCAAUCGGAGUGGAAACCUUAGAAAUCAUCAACGGACUCACACAGGGGAGAAACCAUUUAAAUGUAUCGAGUGUGGAAAGAGCUUCUGUCAGAGUCAAAAUCAGCAGGCUCAUGGACAGGAAGAACUUUAAGAGUUGAAACCCUUCAAACCAUCAAAAAACUCAGAGAAGCAGUUUAAGUGAAAAG